AUGGCUACUAUUGAAUUCGACGACGGUAAUGAAAUUUCAUUGCAACAUCUGGAUAAUAUCUGUCGUUGGUUAAACGACCAUUCAACCGAUAAUAUCGUUCGUAGGGAACUAUACGAUUAUCAACAUAAUGUUUAUCUCGUUAGUAUAUUUGACCCUUGGGAUAUACAAGAGGCUUUAUUCGAAUAUAAUAAUUUCGUGAAGAAUGGUUUAGCACAACGCGAACG